GAAUAUAAUUAAAAAAAGUUUUUAAAAAAUAUGUUCGAAAAGUGUAAAUUGAUGGCCCAGUGUAUCCACUGGAGGAUUCUUUUUAUAUUUAGAUGAUACGAUUCAGAUAUAUGCAUUACCUUCUUCAAAUAAACUUUUUUGCUUGUUUGCGUGUAGUUUAUUUCGCCGUUAAAGAAUGUUUACAUCGCAUAUACAUAUAUAUAAAUUAAUGGCUGGAGCAAGAAGAAGACACAUUUUGCAUUGUCAACGAGCCCCAUAUUAUAUAGUAAUGAGUUACCGAUUCGUAUAUUUAAAUUAGAAUAGGCAUUACAAAAAAACCAGGGUCAUUUAAUUGAUUUUAACCGGUAAAUAUCAGAAUUUUCUAUAAUAAAAAUAAGAGUCAUCUCUAUCAUUUCCGACAAUACACCCAUCUAUUUGAAUCAGAGUCGUUUUGACAUUUAUAGACUAUUUACUUUCUAAUUCUAGUAAAUUAUCAAGUACCAAACAAUUUCCAUUGUUUACAACUUUUACAAGAAUAUUCUGAUUUACAAAAAUGCGGAACUUUAACUCCACAAGAUUGUUACAAGUAUGGUAGAGACUUAAAGCCAACUUAAAGUUAUAAGAAAAAUGAACUGCAGUUAUUUUUAUAAUGACGAGAAGAUCUACAUACGCGUACAAAACUCUGCUAUACUUAUCAUGGUCAUUGUUGGUAUCUUGUUUAAUCUCUUGACAAUCGUGGCAACGUUGAGAAACAGUUUUGCGUGUCAUUGCUCUACUGCCAGGUUAUUUCUCUCAUGUUAUGCUGGAAACGUUUGUGGUUUGAUUUCCCUUGCACUUAAUGGAACUUAUAAUCAUAAUAAAGGAAUUCCUACCAUUAGUUGUCAACAUGCAAUUGAUUACAACUUCUUUUUUUAUUUGGGAUUUACAGUCAACAUGGCUAUCCUUGUAUAUUCAACGUAUAACCGAUAUAAAGGAGUUUUAAAUAACAACCAAAACGUCGCUAGAAUUGAAAGCAACAAAAAGUUACUAUUUCUUUACGCACUACCCUCUUGGUUAUUUUCACUCGUCAUUUCAUCUUUGUUUACAGUUCUCAAUUUUUUUGAAGUAGUACACUUCAACGCAUAUUUUGUGUGUGGUUUAAUCGGAAUUUUUCCUAUUUUAACCUGUAUUACUUUAAAUAUUCUUUUAAAGUAUUUUCUUUCAAAAAUGAUAAAAAACGCUCAAAUUACUAAAAAAACCGAUUCUUUAAAAAAUAUUACAGUUGCUAUUUCAAUGCUUCAACUAACUACAGUUUUUCAUAGUGCUUAUCUUGUCGCUGGUUUUAUUGUUUUGUUUUUCUUAAAAAAAAAUGCUAAAAAUCAAAUAGCUUACGUAAUUUUGGAUUGGGUAUCUCGCACUCUUUACUAUCUUAUGUUCACAAUUGAAGCAAAGGCCUUUUUUAUAAAAUAUACUUCAGCAAGAAAAGAUUUUGGUCGUUUUUUAAAACUGAUUUAUAAAAAAAACAACAAAUUCAGUUCGGUUAUUUCAAAAGAAAGCCAAAUCACAUUUACUUCGUGAAAUUCGACGAAAGCCAUUAAACAAACACACACACA